AAGAUUGUGUUAACUCGUGCGCUUCCCUCCACAUCAGUAUCUGAACCAAACGCAACUCAUUCCCUCGUUUUCUUCCACCGUCUCUUUCUUUUCUCUCCUCUCCCUCUCCCGCUUUUUUUUUUUUCGUUUCGCCGAUCUGCUCACAUUCUCUUCCCCAGAUCUGCCUCCGUGAACCUCACAGGAUCUCUACUCGCCGGAGAUCCGAAUUUCUAGAGAGAUUGCUUUUUUUUUGCCGCCGUUUCGUUUUCGCGGUGGAGAGAUUUUCGAGAUUCGCUCCCAUGUCGGACUCUCAGCAAGAGCCCGAGCAACAUCCACCUCCUAAACGGCAGCACCAUCCCUCUGCAGCUUCUAUGAAGCCUCCGCUUGUUGCUCCCGGCGACUAUCACCGGUUCGAAUCGGCGGAGAGUCGCGGAGGUCCUGAUCAGGUCUCCGAGGCGAUUGUUAUCAAAUCCUCUCUGACAGAUAUGGUAAACCAGAUAUAUGAGCCCGGUGAAAUGAAGACAGGUGUUCUGCAAACAGCUGUAACAGGGAAAGGAGGGAAGGCCAAGAAAUCUUCUAGGUCUGUGAAGUUUAAUAAAACUGGAAUACAAGCUUUUGGUUUUAAUGCAGGUUCUCCUGGAAAUAACUUUGCACAAGCUGGUUCUUGUCGGUAUGAUAGUUCUCUAGGUCUUUUGACAAAGAAAUUUAUCAAUUUGAUAAAACAAGCGGAGGAUGGUAUUCUUGAUCUGAAUAAAGCAGCUGAUACUUUAGAGGUACAAAAGAGAAGGAUAUACGAUAUUACCAAUGUGUUAGAAGGAAUAGGUUUGAUUGAGAAGACGCUCAAGAACAGGAUUCAGUGGAAGGGUCUCGAUGUCUCAAAACCAGGAGAAACAAUGGAAAACAUAGCUAACCUACAGGAUGAAAUACAAAACCUCUCAGCUGAGGAGGCCAAAUUAGAUAACCAAAUCAGGGAAUCACAAGAAAGAUUAACAAGCUUGAGCGAGGAUGAAAAUAAUAAAAGGUUUCUGUUUGUUUCUGAAGACGACAUUAAGAACCUACCAUGCUUCCAGAAUAAGACGCUGAUCGCUGUAAAGGCACCGCAUGGAACAACUCUUGAGGUGCCAGAUCCUGAUGAGGCUGGUGGUUACCCUCAGAGGAGAUAUAGAAUAAUUAUGAGAAGCACAAUGGGACCAAUAGACGUGUAUCUAGUCAGUCAAUUCGAAGAGAGAUUUGAGGACAUUCCCAAUGUUGAUGAACCUUCAAAUGUUCCAUCAACUUCUGGUGUCCCUGAGAACCAAGAUGUAGCAGUGCCGAUGGAGGACAGCAAGGACAAAAACAUUGAAACGCAGGAAGUUGAUGAUACACAACGAGUUCACUCCGACAUAGAAUCUCAUGAGUUUGUUGAUGGUAUCAUGAAGAUUGUUCCUCCAGAUUUGGAUAUGGAUGUAGACUACUGGCUUCGAUCAGAGGUAGGCGAAGUCAGCAUCACAGACAUGUGGCCAAACGAAUCUGGACCGAACUGGAACAGCCAAAUGCUUUCAUUUCAUCAAGGCGCUGGACCGAACUGGAACCACCAGAUGGUUUCAUAUGAUCAAGGCGCUGGACCAAGCAACACAACCCAGGAACAGCCACAGUCUCCAUCGGGCCCAAAACCAGAACAAUCCACUGCUACGAGAUCUACAUGUAGCUGAAGUUACCAUACCACAUUACAAGCACCACCAUAUAAUCUGUACAUAGAAUCUGAUUUCAGUGAAUCCAGAGUUAUGUUGUACUAGUAUAGUAGUAGAUGCAACUUAGAAGCCAAGUUUCAUUUGGUUCGUUUUAGAUUUCAGUUAAUUGAAAAAAAUAAAAUAGAAAGCCAAACAA